UGUUGCAUUGUCUGCGGACCGCAAUUUAUCCCGUACGUCCGCAAGCAUUCAAAUUAGGUUUUAUAUGUUUGUUUCUGUUUAAGAGUCAUUAAUCGCUAUAAUUAAGGCAUUUUUUUGAUAAAGACAAAGAACUUCUUUUUCUUGUGCGUAACAUUAGGCUACGUUUCUCGCGCCUGCGCACUGCGCGUCUUCUCGUCAAAGAUCCUCCGCCAUACUGUGCUAACGUGUGGUAUUCGUCUUCUGAAUCAGCAAAUUGGUUUUGGACAAGACUGGAGAUAAGGUCGUGAAACAGAACCGGGAAGGGUGGCCACCCCAGGGAGGACGUAAGGCAGGAGCUAAGUGUCUGCAGUGCCCAACCAGCCGCUGCUCUGCGUCACAAUUUUGAAUCGUCUUGGCGCCGCACACAAGCUGCACUUAGCCUCGAGCAUUGCAUUAGGAAUCUGUGCAAGUGUACACCAUCCUUGGCGCGUGUGAAGAAAUAGAUUUUUUCGAGGUUUCGUGUGCCGAUAGCAAAGGUAGAUGUCUGGAAGACGUGGCUCGUCAUCUAAUUACCCGCCGCGGCACUCGCCAUACGGUGGUGGAGCGAACCGUGGCUACGGUGGUGGCGGCGGUGGCCGGCAGUACGAUGAACGCAACAGCCACUACGGCCAACACGAUGGUGCGCGCAGCCCACAUCAACAGAGUCCACAUAACCAGAACCAGCAGGACAACAGAUACCCGUCAAAGUCGAUGCCACCGCCUCAGCAGCAGCCGCCGAGAUCAUCCCAGCCCCCCAAGCCUUCGCCGCCACCUCAACAACAGCAACAGUCCCAGCGUCAAACGCAGCAGCAGCAGCAGCAGCAAUCUCCACGUCAACCACAACAGCAGUCUCCACAGCAGUCUCCGCAGCAAACCCCGCGCCCCCAGCAGGCGCCGGCGCAGGUUAACAAUCAGCAGCAGAAAACCCCGGUGCAGCAGCAGAAGCCCUCACCCACUCAGCCGCCGAAGAAAGAGCAGACACCAAACCAGCAAACGGUGACUCCCACGAAGCCGGGCCAAAAGGUGGAGCCUCAGUCUCCUGUGGCCAACCAGAACUCGCAGCCGGUCGCGAACGCUUCGGGUGGCCAGGGCGCGGCCAAUGCCGCGGCCAAUUCCACAAAUGCGACAAACGCCGCGAACAAGCCGGCCGGCGAGCAUGCAGAAAAUUGCAAACUGUUUGUGUCGAACGUGUCGAACAUGAUGAACGACGAGUUGUUCCGCAAGAUGUUUGAAGAGCACGGCGAGGUGCGUGACAUCUUUCUCAACAAGACUAAGUGGUUCGGCUUUGUGCUGUUCAAGACGCACGAGCAAGCGGAGAAGGCUAUGCGCGCCCUUAACGGCACCGAGAAGAAUGGCCGGCGGCUGAACGUUCGGUAUGCAACGCAGCAGAAACCGGACCAGGGCGGCCCCCAAGGUGGUCCCCCUGGCCCUCAGCAGCAGCAAAUGCAACAGCAACAAAUGCAGCAGCAGCAGGGACCGUUUGGCGGUGUCCCAGGCCAGGGCCCGCCGCCUCCUCACCCUCAGCCUGUGAAACGUAGCGGGGCACGUUGCCGUCUCUUUGUGGGCAACCUCGGCAACAGCAUGACAGACGAAGAGUUUCGGCGCAUGUUCGGCGAGUUCGGAGAGCUGCUUGAGGUGUUCUUGCACGCCCAGAAAGGCUUCGGCUUUGUCAAGUACGAGCAGCGCCAGCAAGCUGAGGCAGCUAAAGCUGCCCUCGACAACACGCCUCAUGAAGGUCGCUACCUGCAGGUGCGCUUUGCCACUCAGGGUUCGUCGCUCAAGGUGAAGAACCUCAGCCCGUUCGUGUCCAACGAACUGCUGGAAGACGCAUUCUCCAUCUUUGGUGAGAUCGACCGUGCUGUGGUCAUUGUGGACGACAGAGGCCGGUCUGUAGGUGAGGGCAUUGUGGAGUUUGCGCGCAAAACGAGUGCCUUGGCUGCUCUAAAGAAGGCCUCGCAAGGCUGCCUGCUGCUCACUGCGUCGCCACGGCCCGUGCUUGUAGAGCCGUUAGACCUGCGCGACGAAGAGGACGGCUUUCCUGAAAAGAACAUCAACAAGAACAACCCGCAGUACCUCAAGGAGCGUGAGCUGGGCCCGCGCUUUGCUGAGCCGGGUACCUUCGAGUACGAGUUCUCAAGCCGCUGGAAGAAGCUGCUGGAGCUGGAGAAGCAGAAGCGAGAGUUUCUGGAGCGCGAGAUGGAGGACGAGAGACGCAAACUUGAGGAGGAGAUGGAGUACUACCGUUACGAACACGAGACGCGGCUGUUGCGGGAGCAGCUGCGCAUCAUGGAAGAGCAGAGCAAAAUGUUUCUGCACGAGCGCGAGAUGCGCCAUGCUGAACAAAAGCGGCGUGAAGAGAUUCGCCGCCAGGAAGAGAUGCUGCUGCGCCAGCGAGAAGAAGACAUCCUUGGCUUCACACGCCGCGAGCAGGCUGCCCAGCAAGCGGCCCAACAUGCGGCCAGCAUGCAGCAGAUGGCGGCGCCACAGCAGCAGCAGCAGCACGACCCAAUGGCAGCCGCAGCUGCUCAGACCAAGGCACCUACCUCGGCCAUUGAGGGAGCCACAUUUGUCAGCUCGUAUGACAGCGGCACCCGCGUGUCGCGCUUCGACCAGCAGCAGCCACCGCAGGCACACUACGGCAUGCCGCCCGAUGAUGGCAGGCGCCCCGAGGACUACGCUGACCGGGACCCAAAGAGGCGCCGCUACUGAUAACUCAAGUGCGCUCCAUCUAAUCAGGCCGGGUCGUGUCACACACUCACUCUUUUUUCGUCGCCCUGUAAACAUUGCUUUGCAUUGCACUGUCUCUCUGUCUCCCAUUAAACAUAGUUCAAAACACCAA